AUGGGCAGGAGCGUCUGGGGCUUCUGGCAAGGCGUCUUCUCCACUGCAGUGCUCUAUGGAUCUUUGGCUUUGUUUACCUCCAUCCUUCACAAUGUGUUCCUCCUGUACUACGUGGAGACAUUUGUGUCCAUCUACAAGAUCGAUAAAAUCUCCUUCUGGGUGGGAGAGACAGUGUUCCUCAUAUGGAACAGUCUGAAUGACCCUCUCUUCGGCUGGCUGAGUGAUCGCGCCUUCCUCAACUCUCCGCAGUCAGGCCCUCCGGUCACAACUCCAGAGGUGGUGCUGAAGCGGCUGAAAGCCCUCUCCACAAAUGGCCCUCUCUUCGCUCUCUCCUUCCUGGCAUUCUGGGUGGCGUGGGCCAGACCGGGACUGCAGUUCCUGCUGUGCCUGUGUCUGUACGACGGCUUCCUCACUCUGGUGGACCUCCACCACAGCGCCCUGCUGGCCGACCUCGCCGUGUCCGCCGCAGAUCGCACGCGCCUCAACUUCCACUGCUCUGUGUUCAGCGCUUUGGGCUCAUUCUCUGUCUUUCUGUCGUACUCCUUCUGGGACAAGGAGGAUUUCUACUCCUUCCGUAUCUUCUGCGUGACUCUGGCAGCUUUUUCCAUCUUGGGCUUUUUCUUGGUGUCUCGGUUGUUACGCCAUCGUUUCCAAAAGGAAGUCCUUCACAGACAGGAUGAGGCACAGACACUCAAGGAGCUGAGUGUCGGCCACGCUCCACUUACCCAUCCAGAAAAACCCGUCACCAUCGGACAGUACCUCAAACAGCUCUCCAAACACAAGAACUUCAUGUGGUUUGUGUCCAUGAACCUUGUCCAGGUGUUUCACUGCCAUUUCAACAGCAACUUCUUCCCUCUCUUCCUGGAACAUCUCCUGUCAGAUAAUAUUUCUGCCUCUACUGGCUCAAUUUUACUGGGCAUCUCUUACAUUGCCCCCCACCUCAACAACUUGUAUUUCCUGACACUGUGCCAGCGUUACGGGGUUUACCAGGUUAUCCGCUGGCUAUUUAUGCUCAAACUGGGACUUAGUGUGGCUAUGCUGCUGGCGGGGGCUGACCACAUUUAUCUGCUGUGCAUCUUCAUUGCUAGUAACCGAGUGUUUACAGAGGGGACGUGCAAGCUCCUGAAACUUGUUAUUUCCGAUCUGGUGGACGAGGACUUUGUCGUCAAUCGUCGUCAGCAGGCCGCCUCAGCGCUGCUCUUCGGGAUGGUUAACUUGUUGACCAAACCUGGCCAGACAUUCGCCCCCCUGAUUGGCACCUGGCUGCUUUGUGUUUACACAGGUUAUGAUAUUUUCGAGAGGGAACCUGUGAAGGACUCUCUGGUUUCUGUGCCUGAUGUUGCCUCCGGCUUAGGGAAGCCGCCUCUGCGCCUGGGCUGCUUCUACAUGUUGGUGUUUGUGCCUAUCACCUGUGCCCUGCUCCAGCUGGCCGCCUGGUCUCGCUUCACGCUUCACGGCCGCAAGCUGCAAGGGAUCAAGACCCUGAGACAAGGAGCACAACACGGCAACCUUAUCGAUGUCAAGGCCAUAUGAACUGAAAAGAGCUGCCCGAAGCUGCACACAGACACUUUUACAAUUUUACAAUCUCUUCGAAAAGAGGCUAAAGCAGGAGGCUGCUCUGAUGUCUUCAGCGUGGUGUGCACAAAUAUGAAUCUCUACACUGCAUGCGGCUGUGUGGACAGUAGGCUGACAAAUCCUACAAGGACGAACUUAAAACAUUAAAAAGAAAAACCUGCCUUAUUUUUUAUAUUAAAAUAUUAACCUAUAUUUAUAUUGAACAGAUGACCAAAAGUCCAACCAAUCAGUCCUUUUGGAUGUAGAUCGAACAAGGUGACAAGUUGUCAUGGUGCACGCCAAAGAUGGGGUGCCCUCUUUCAGACUGAAUCUGGUCUAAAACUGAAGUUCUCAACCUUUUCAAGUUGCACCCGUUCCCUAAACAUCAUGUUCAAUGCCACCAAACACCGGUACUUUUAAUGCACAACAUCCAAAAAGUGCCAAAAUAAAAAUGUCCAAUCAUAAUCAAUAUGCACAUGCGUUCUGAGUGAUCUGGUCACAACUGAACAGCUCCAAGCACAGCUGUUCUCCUAACCUCCCAAUUUGAGCAGCAGAUGCUUGUGAACCUACCAUUUACACAAAACUUAUCAUAGAAUAUAACACUGACGGCAAGCAUGUAAAAUUCCGGAAACCAUUAAAAAAACACUACAUUUUGAGACUUAGGAGCAUUAGGAGAAUUAGGAGAAACGGAAAUUCGGCACGCUUUAACGAAGAUAUUUCCUUCUUUGUGUAAAAAUUUUAUCUGUUCGUUCAUGUGAUGUGGGUGUAUUUGGCAGGAAGGUGAGAUUUAGACACUUAAUCCCAGGUGUGAAUUUAAAGGCUUCAAGCUGUCCACUUGUAAUCCGAUCACUCAGAGCACAUGGUAAACACAAAUGUGAACACAGCCACUCAAUAGAAUCUACUUUGAAAAUCUGGAAACCCCUGGAGAAGAUCUCGUGACCCACAGGUUGAGAACCAUCGGUCUGAUGGUCCUUGCUGCCAGGCAAUCCUUCAGCAACAUCAGCAAGAUAUAUUUAAAACCCUGGAGGUGAGAAGUUUUAUCACAGAGAUCGAGUUCUGAUGUUAUUAACGAGAUUUAAAAAAAAGAGAAGAAAACAUUAAAUUGCAUCAGUGUGUUCCGAGUGGUAUUGAUACUGCAUGGAACCUGCACUUGAAAGCUGAUUAACUGUUUUACUGUUUUACAUUUACACAGAAGGCCCUGCCAGUUUUGAUGUUGAGAUCUGUAUUUUCUGAAACGUUCCGUGUUGAUGAUGAUGAUGAUGAUGUUUUUGCACAAAACUGCCAUUUGUCUGUUGUACUUCUAACAUUCUGAUUGUGACAUAAUUUAUGUACUGUAGUGGUGAACAUUGGAAUAAGGAAAUGAUGCUGGUGAUCAUAUCCGCUCGCUUUUUUGUAAUUUUUCAGAUUAUACAAAGAAUGUGAGGCAUUAAUACAAAUAAACCUCAUCUGUGUUGAAAGUUGACCAAA